UUUACUCGUAUUAGUUUACAGCGCAGUCUUGAACAUCCAAUAUGGAGGAGACGUUGACGUAUCGCAGCAGCGGGCAAAACCACUCGAUGCGGCGUCUACGUAUAUAUGUCUAUGCUCUCCCCCCCCCCCUCCUCAUUCCAGCCCCGUCACGGGAGUGGAUCCUGGACGACCUUUGACCUCUGCGUCGCGCCCGUCGCAGAGUUCUCCCGCUGACUGAUUUGCACAAUAAUGUGAAGUUUGAUGGAGUGAAACCACGACUACCGGCGUGAUUCCAGCUUCUCCACCGAGUCCUUUCAAUCCUGAAUCCUGCCGGCGAUUCCUCCCAAAAUAAACACGGACCAUCUCUGCCCAGUUUGCAUUUUCCUGUUUAAAAUCUGACGUUUAUUUCUCUCUGGAGUGAUUCUUUUUUGUUGUUGAUGUUUUUUUUUCAGUGUAAUAUUUCUUUUGCUUCUGUGUUUGAGUAAUCGUAGCCAAACACCGUGUCUGUUUUUGUCAUGAUUUACCCCCCCGCGUUCUGGCAUCCUUGUUAUCCGUGAUGAAUGUUGCUCUCCGGGGUGCGAUUGUGCAGAUAAAGUUUUAAUGUGCAGUCACAGCAUCCUCACAACUGUUUUCUCUCUUUUCUUUUGUAAAAUCUUUAAUAUGAUCCUUGAAUUUUUUUGUUUCAUGUGCUGUAUUUAAUGGUGAGAAAUGUCAAACUCUGGUGGUAGAGUUUUAUUUUUCUCUGAUGAAAUCUUGUCAAGACUUUCAAGGGAAGUAGACUUGUCUCCAUGUCAAAGGUGAAUGAAAUAAAGUAAAGAAACCAACCCAGAACUCCCUCUUUUGGGGACAUUUCUUGGCGCCUGCAGCUCCUCCGUGGUUAACUGGUCCCGCGUGAAACUUGCAGAACACUCUGUACCUUUUGAUGACUUACUUGCUCAAUUACAAUGAGUUUGCAUUCCUGUUGACACGACCGCAUUCUUGCAGUCCCCCUUCCCGCUCCUUUAGGGAUUUUCAGAGCUGCUCCCUCCCCUACGUUCUCAGGAAAACCUGCUGGCUCUCCUCACCUCCCACUUCCAGCCGCACCGAUGAUGAGAGCGUCUCACAUCAGCCAUGGAUCAUUUCGCUCUAACGUCUAAGUCUUGUGCAGACUCGGAGCGAGCCGUUCAGCAGGAGACGUCCAGCGACUGGUCAGCGGUUAACUGAGGAGGGAAAAGCCCGUCCGGGAGACCAGACAUGGGGAAAGUUUACUACGUGAGUAAGAACGUGGGCAUCGGGAUCCUGGUCCUGGCGGCCACGGCCCUCGCCACCAUCAUCGGCCUGUCCGUCGCCUACAACAGGGAGCGGGCCCGAGGUCGGGGCGGGCCGGGGGACGAGGGCGGCUCCGCGGCCCCCCCCACCACCCCGUCCACCCCCAAGGACCCCUGGGACCGCUACCGGCUCCCGCGGGCCCUGGUCCCCGUCUCCUACAACGUGACCCUGUGGCCCCGGCUGGAGCCCGACGCCCGCGGCGUCUACGUCUUCACCGGCCGCUCGGCCGUCGUGUUCAGGUGCGUGGAGGAGACGGACCUGGUGAUCAUCCACUGCAACAAGCUGAACCUGACCCGCCAGGGGGGCCAGCUGGCCGCGCUGCGGGGCCUGGGGGCCCACGCCGCGCCCGCCACGCGCAGGUCCUGGCUGGUGGAGAAGACCGACUACCUGGUGCUGCAGCUGCGCGGCCGGCUGGCGGCCGGGGCCUCCUACCUGCUGCAGACGGAGUUCACGGGCGAGCUGGCCGACGACCUGGAGGGAUUCUACCGGAGCGAAUACGUGGAGGACGGCGUGAGGAAGGUCGUGGCCACCUCCCAGAUGCAGGCCACCUACGCCAGGAAGACCUUCCCCUGCUUCGACGAGCCGGCCAUGAAGGCCGUCUUCAACGUGACCAUCGUCCACAGCCGGGACACGGUGGCGCUGUCCAACGGCAGGGAGACGGACUCUUCUCUCUCCGUCAUCGAUGGCUCGGCGGUCAAGGUCACGACCUUUGAGCCGACAGAGAGGAUGUCCACGUAUCUGCUGGCGUUCAUCGUCAGCGACUUCGCCUACAUUCAGUCAAACCAAAGCAAACCGCUGAUCCGCAUCUGGGCCCAGAAGAAGGCCAUCAGCGGGCGGCAGGGCGACUACGCCCUCAGGGUCACGGGCCCCAUCCUGCAGUUUUACGAGCGCUACUACAACACCAGCUACCCCCUCUCCAAGUCAGAUCAGGUGGCGCUGCCCGACUUCAACGCCGGGGCGAUGGAGAACUGGGGGCUGGUCACCUACAGGGAGACGGCGCUGCUCUACGACCCCGUCCUCUCCUCCACCGGGAACAAGGAGCGGAUCGCCACCGUCAUCUCCCACGAGCUGGCACACAUGUGGUUUGGAAACUUGGUGACUCUGCGCUGGUGGAACGACCUGUGGCUGAACGAGGGCUUUGCCUCCUACGUGGAAUACCUGGGGGCCGACUACGCCGAGCCGUCCUGGAGUAUCAAGGACCACAUCGUCCUGUACGACAUGCAGAAGGUGUUUGCCGUGGACGCCCUGGCCUCCUCCCACCCGCUCACCCGCCGGGAGGACGAGGUCAACAGCCCGGCGGAGAUCAGCGAGAUGUUCAACACCAUCUCCUACAGCAAGGGCGCGGCGGUGCUGCGAAUGCUGUCGGAGUUCCUCAGCGAGCCCGUGUUCGCCAGAGGCCUCAGCUCGUACCUGAACACAUUCGCCUUUGGAAAUACGGAGUACACGGACCUGUGGAACCAUCUCCAACAGGCUGCUGAAAGCACGCCGGGUUUGCAGCUACCGCACUCGGUCCACGACAUCAUGAACCGCUGGACGCUCCAGAUGGGAUUCCCCGUGGUGACGAUCAACACCACGACGGGCAGAGUCACGCAGAAACACUUCCUGCUGGACCCCGAGUCCGUGGUGGAGAGGCCGUCCCAGUUCAAAUACACGUGGUUCGUCCCGGUCAAGUGGAUGAAGACGGGCGUGGAGCAGCAGCAGUACUGGCUCCUGCAGAACACAGACACCCACGGGCCCAUGAGGGCGUCAGGAGAGGACUGGGUGCUGGCGAACACCAACAUGUCCGGAUACUUCAGGGUGAACUACGACCAGGGGAACUGGGACCGGCUCCUCGCCCUGCUGCACGCCAGCCAUCAGACUUUAUCGGUCAUCAACCGAGCACAGAUCAUAGACGACGCAUUUAAUCUGGCAAGAGCUAAGAUAAUCUCCACGAGCCUGGCUCUGAGGACGACCACGUACCUGUCCCAGGAGCGGGACUACAUCCCCUGGGAGUCGGCGCUGAGGAGUCUGGACUAUUACAUCCUCAUGUUGGACCGCACCGAGGUGUACGGGGCUCUGCAGGCGUAUCUCAAGAAGCAGAUCGUACCUCUGUUUGAAUACUUCAGGAGCAUCACAGUCCGUCCCUGA